AGGCUCAUGGGAAUGUUAUGUUCACUAAUAUUUUGGUGGUUGUCACGUUGGUUCGUGUAUUUGUGUUCGUUCGGUGAUAAUGUUGUGUUGUGUUGUUUUACAGUUCACUUGUGUAGCCACCGUGACUGUGGGAAGGGAUGUGGUCCAGUCACUGUCACGUGUAGUUUCUAAAUAAAUCCGCUCUCUGUUCGAACCCCGUUGUUGCCACACGCGCUCGACACAAUUAAGUGAUGAUAUCUUCCCCUGAAUUGAAUUAAUAAUAUUUUAUAUUAUAUUGCCUGUGUCUUCAUUCUGACAUACUUUAAUUUGUGGUUUGUUUUCAAGUCGAUGUGAAGCAGCAGGGGGCGACUCUGAGCUGCUGUCCUCUUGGUAUUUAUAUCACACUUUUCUUGAUUUGCUGACUCAAAGCUCUUUAGAGCACAUUCAGACACACACACAAACACACACACACACACACACACACAUCCACACACACACAUACAUCCACAUUCAGACACACACACAUCCACACACGCACAUCCACACACAUCCACAGACACAUACACACACACACAUUCACACAGUGCAUCUGUUAGCAGCACGGGGUUCAGCAUCUUGCCCAAGGACACUUCGGCAUGCAGAUGGGACGACGGGGAUUGAACUGCCGACCUUCUGGUUGGAGGACGACCGCUCUCCAGGCGGUUUAUUUUAGUGUUGAUCACGUGUUCAGUCACUGUACAAUUUGAUUAACACGUUUCUCCUGCUUACCGGUUGUCACAGCAGUGAGGUCUGUUCUGUCUGUUCUGUUCUGUCUGUUCUGUUUUAUAUUCUAUUCACCAGCUUCACAGUAACUGUCGGCAGGUGUGAACACGCUCGACCACACCUCUGCUUGUACAGGCCCUCGCCAUGACAACCUGCCACACCUCUGCUGAGAGCGAGAGAGACACACAGGUGAUGUCAUCAGGUGAGCAGCAGUUUACCUCAGACCUGUUUGUCCUGAACCAGUCUCACUCCUCCCACCUGUCUCACCCUCCUGUGGACCGGCGGACAGAGCGUCUACCUGCUGUCGUCACAGGCAGCGGACAACACCGACAACAUGACUGAUACCACUCAAAGUACUGAUACCAUUGAUACUACUACAACUGACACUACCAAUACUACUACUGCUGCUGCUGACACUUGUACUACUACAACCAAUACGACUACAGAUAUAACUACCACAGAUACUACGACAGUAGCUGCUUGUUGUACAUCAGCUACCACUACAACUUCUCCUGAUGAACCAGAUGAGGAGGAGACGGAGAGAGAGACGCCCACCGAUGAAGAGAAAGCAGGUGAUGAUGAGCAGCUGUGUGAUGUCCUCACAGGAGCAACAGAGGACGAGUCUCAGCAGAAGUCCUCGACUGCGACGAGAGACAAACCAGAUCCUCCCAGCACUCUGCUGUUGUCAGGGUUGGGUCCAAAGAAGAAGAGAGUGCUGGCGGCUCCGGCUCUCAGUCUGUCUCUAGGCCGCAGUGAGUCCACCGUCUCUGACGACUUCCCCUCGGGCUUCCUCUCCCCCUCCCCUGAAGACCACGAUGACACCGGGCUCGACCUCGAUCUAGACGGCAUGGAAACACCCUCCGACAGCGAAUCACUGCUCUUCCCCAUCUACGACUUGGAUCUGGAAGACGACCUGCGACGUCUUGGCGUGGCGUCCCACCGUCACCAGCCCAUCGGAACCAGGCCUGUCAGGUCGGACCUGAGUGAACUGGGAGCUCUGGAGAGGGAGGACGUGGUGGACAGUCAGGGCACCAGGUGGCGCUGUUUCUCCACAGGUGACCCUCCCCAGGAGAGCCGGGUCGACAUGAGCGUCCUGGAGCCGUUUCUCAGAGUUCUGUCUCACGGAGGUUACUAUGGAGACGGUAUGAAUGACAUCAUCGUCUUCUCCUCCUGUUACCUGCCACAGAACCGUCUGAAGAACUACACGUAUGUGAUGGACAAUCUGUUCAGGUAUGUUGUGGGGACACUGGAUCUGAUGGUUGCUGAAAACUAUGUGAUGGUUUAUCUUUGUGCUGGAGGACAAAGAGACAAACUCCCAGAGUUCAGUUGGCUCCGAGAGUGUUACACCACCGUCCACAGGAGGUUGAGGAAGAACCUGAAAGGUUUCCACGUGGUUCAUCCCACCUGGUACAUUAAAGCUCUCAUCACCAUCAUCAAACCCUUCAUCAGGUCAGUCACCCUCCUCUUCAUCACUGCUACUGUCUCAGUAGUAAACUCCACUUCCUGUUCCUCACUUCCUGUUCCUCAGCUCCAAGUUCAGCAGGAAGUUGCAGUUCGUCAACAGUCUUCAGGAACUUUCGGAUUUCAUCCCGACUCAACACGUUCAGAUUCCAGACUGCGUUCGAGUGUACGAUCAGAAUCUGUCCAGGUGAAACUCAGCACGUCCUCUUCAUAUCCAGCAGGGGGCGCUCCAGUGCUCAGGGAGAUUCUCAGCACGUCUUCUAAACAGUGUUAACGUAGAAUAAGUCAUCCUGGUCCCUGUUUUUACAAAGUCAAUAUUAAUUUCAUUCAAUGAUAGAAAAUAAACCCAAUUUGACGUUAAUGUCAGAACAAACAUUUCGUUAUUAAAAAAAACGUUUGUGUAAAAACGAGAGUGAAGAGAAAACAUGAAUCUCCAAACAUUUUUACACGUUUUUUAAGAUUUUCUUUGUGUUAUUUUUAUGUUGAGUCAGAAUCUGUGUCUGAUUUUUACUUGUGUUGUAGAUUUAGAAACUAAAGUGUUUUCUCCUGGUGUUGCACACAUAGUAUUUUCUGCAGAAAUUGAACCAUCAACCCUGCCAGGGUUAUUGCCUUGCUUCAAAAUGAUCGAACUGAAAAUGUUGGUGAUGAAUAAAAUCAUAACGGUUCAUUGUUUUGAUCUUUGUCGGCGACUUCCUGUUGGUUAAAUGUUUGAUCGAUUGCUGACGUCAGAACCACUGGACGGACAGAGGGGGGCAGUGUUGAGUCGUGUUCCUUCACGGGAAAAGGAACGCCGCUUGGAUUCCUGAUGUUUGACAGAUCAUUUCAAAACUAAAUCAAAGUUCAUGUGAUGAGAGAUUAUAGAAAUAAACACGAGAUAAGAAAGUAUUUGUGAAA